UAUUUCUACCGGAGCGAUGAUUUUGAGGAAUGAUGAAGAGGAUGAGAUGUCAUCGCCACCUUCCAAACAAAGAAGGAUCAUAUUUACCACUGAAAGUUCAAAUACAAAAGCACCCAUAGACAUCUUCGAAAACAUGGAAAAUGAUAUUGUCUUGUCCGCUCCAUCAACCCAUUCUACCGCCAAAGGCAAUACAAAGAUGAAAGCUGCUGCUCAAUCUGCCACCACUUCCACCCCCUCGAACAAGGAACAAGUAUCAUCAAAGAAGUACAGAAUUCCUAAAAAAACAUCCUCAGCUUCAUCUUCACCUUCAACCAACGCUCGUGCCAAAGAAGACCCAACCCAGAAAGCACGCACUAAAGCAAGCACAGCUUCAACCCAUACUCACGCCAAACAUGAGCCAAGCCAGAAAACACAACCAAAGCUCACACAGCUUCAACCCAUACUCGCACCAAACAUGAGCCAAGCCAGAAAGCACCAACCAAAGCUCACACAGGUUCAUCAACCCAUACUUUCCCCAAACAAGAGCCUGGCCAGAAAACACCCCCCAGAGCACGCACAAUUCUUCCAUCAACUCCAGAAAAGUUAUCAAGUCCAAAAUCACCAAACACAGGAUUGCAGAUAAGAUUCAGCCCUGACAAGGCCAAUAAAAAAAAUCCAGCCACACCAUCAACAUCACAUACGCCAGUAAAAUUGUGGCAGCCAGGUGGUUCAAGUACAGGCAAGCGCAAACUUUCAC